AUGGUUUUGAUAAUAAGGCCCUCACAGACAUUGAUAUUAUUCAGGAAAGCGAUGCUCAAGCCAAUUGGGAGAUAUCCUCUUAAAAGAAAUUUUUUUGGUUUGAGCGGUACCAAUCACACUAUUAGGGAACAGCGAUAUGUUUUGCGCAAGGCCAUAAACGCCCCUCCAAGCACAGUCUACGCUGCAGUGUCAGAAGUUGCCCAAUAUAAGGAAUUUAUUCCUUAUUGUGUUGAUUCGUUUGUAGAUAAACGAAAUCCUGUGGAUAACAAGCCUCUCAUUGCGGGGCUUCGAGUUGGUUUCAAACAAUACGAUGAGGAAUUUAUAUGCAAUGUUACCUGUAAAGAUACUGAUCAUACGUAUACCGUUGUUGCAGAAACAAUAUCUCAUAAUUUGUUUCACCUUUUGAUUUCGAAAUGGACCAUAAUGCCUCACCCAAAUAGACCAAAUGCGGCCAUGGUAGAACUUCUAUUAAGAUUUAAAUUCAAAUCUCGGAUAUAUAACAGUGUCUCUCUAAUAUUUGCGAAAACUGUGACUGAAUUGGUGAUGAACGCAUUUGCCAAAAGAGCAUACCAUUUAGUAAGAUUAGCAAUGCUAAAACCUUCUUCUAAAGAAGGCUCUCCGUGA